AUGAGUGAAUUAGUUGAAAAUCAGCUUUCGACGCUACGCUUCGUAGCGAAAGCAUUGGACAAUUUCAAGAAAAUUGGCCGGAAUAAUCUCACCUCCGCCAAGAUACGAAACCGAAUGACAUCACUCAAGGAAACAUGGAAUAAUUGCCUGGAAGGACAUCGCCUGUUGCUGCAACAUUAUCCGGAAUCAAAAGGCGAUCUCAUCGCUUAUUUCCGAGACGAGCAACUGGAUCAAUACCAGGAAAUCUACUUGACAGCACUGGACUACAUGUCUGACUGUUUGGAGGAACUGGAACCGUGCGUGAGUCCGCUCCAAUCAAGCGACCGAUCUGUAUCUCAUAUACAGUCGGAAUCCGCGUUAUCAUUGAGACAUUUACCGCCAAUUCAAUUACCACCGUUCUCCGGUAAAGCCGACGAGUGGGAAACUUUUCGCGAUCGAUUCACUGCGUUAAUCAUAAAGAAUCCCGAAUUAUCCGAUUUCGCGCGCAUGCAUUUUUUGGUCUCAAGCUUGACCGAUAAAGCUCGCGAUGUUGUAGCGGGUACUUCUGUUACCGCUGAUAAUUUUGACGUCGCUUGGAAAGCAUUAACUUCUCGUUUUGAAAAUAAACGUAAACUUGUUGAACUUCACAUUGCUGAAUUAUACAAUUUACCUUCGGUUAACAAAGAAUGUGCCGCGGAAUUGCACGCUUUACGCGAUAAAACCGAUCGAGCGCUUUCAGCCUUAAAGCGGUUAAACCGAACACAAGAGGAUAUACUUAAUGACAUUUUAAUCUAUUUUGUAUCGCUCAAGCUUGACUCCGCCACUCGUCGCGCAUGGAAACUCAAAACCGGAUCGGAAUCGACUCCGCCGAAUUACGAAGACUUGAUUACGUUUAUAUCAUCGCGUGCGCUCGCAUUAGAGGAAUUAGCUCCUUCCGCUGCGAACAAAGGUCGACAUACUGUUCAAGCGAACACUGCGACCUUCGCGCGUCAAUCUUCCGGUCCGUGUCCAGUCUGUAAGACACCGCAUUAUCUUAGUAGGUGUCAACAAUUUGUAAUUAAGAGUCCGAAUCAGAGACGCGAAAUUGUCAAGAAUUCAAAUCUAUGCUUCAAUUGUCUCGGAACGAAACAUUCCGUAAAAAACUGCCAAAGUAAAAAUACAUGUCGCAUUUGUCAAAAAAGGCAUCAUUCUCUCUUGCAUCUUGAUUCGGCCUCUUCAAGCGAUCUAGACGUUACACGAGCGAACACGUCUAGCACCAGCGCAACUAUUGAUAAUCUCGAGCCAUCGCAAACCGUCGCGAUGUCCGCCGUAUGUUCAAGUGCGCCCGUGUCAUCCGUAUUACUGGCCACAGCGAAAGUAACAGUUCGGUCUCCCGACGGUCGCGUCUGUGAAGCUCGCGCCCUGAUCGAUCAAGGGUCAGAGGUCACUUUUAUUUCAGCAAGAUUAGCAAGAAUCUUGCGGUUAACUCGGAAACGAAUUUUCGCUCAAAUUUCCGCAGUCGGCGGUAUCAAUGCGGAUACAUGUCGACAUUCCGCUGUCAUUGAACUCGUACCUCGCGGAAAGCCUAAGCCAGUUUUCACCACGGUCGCGUAUAUUCUAAAUGCACUUACUAAAUACGCGCCGCGAUUAUCAGUCUCAGUAUCGGAUUGGAGACAUAUAAGUACACUCAAGUUAGCAGACGACGAUCCCACAGGAUCAAGCCCUAUUGACGUAAUCAUUGGCGCCGACAUUUACAGUCAAAUCAUUACGAAUGGAAUACGGAAAGGUCCAAUCGGGCAACCUAUCGCCCAGCGAUCUCAUUUUGGAUGGAUUAUCUCUGGACCCGCUCAGAAUCAAAACGUUUUGGCUCAAACGAUUAACGUCUUUCAUUGCUCAAUCGAGCGUGAGUUACGCCGUUUUUGGGAAAUCGAAGAGAUCCCACGAGAUAACAUUUUGUCUCCUGCCGAAGAACAAUGUGAGAAACAUUUUCUUACGACUCACUCACGAAUUUCCGACGGGCGUUACGUGGUUCGUCUGCCGUUUAAGACGAAGUUCCCUAUCGACAUCGGAGAGUCUAGAUCAAUAGCUAUACGGAGACUAACAGCAUUAAAAAGGCGUCUAGAUACGAAUCCAGAUCUCCAAUCGGAAUAUUCAGCUUUUCUUGAAGAAUACGAGCAGUUAAAUCACAUGCAAAGAGCGCAUCAUCCAGCCGCAUCUCAUUCACCGGCGGUUUAUCUUCCGCAUCAUCCUGUGAUCCGCGCAACGAGCGCUACCACUAGACUGCGCGUCGUGUUCAACGCGUCCAGCCUCACAACAAACGGUACAUCGUUAAAUUCACAUUUAGAGAUCGGGCCUAAAUUGCAAACGGAAAUAACGGCGAUCUUAUUACGAUGGCGGAAACCUAAGGAUGUUUACAUGGCGGAUAUUGCCAAGAUGUACCGACGGAUUUUGGUCGACCCUCGUGAUCGUGACUAUCAACGUAUUGUCUGGUAUAAUCAGGAUCAAUCGGACAUUCAGGAUUAUCAAUUGUUCACUGUUACGUGUGGAACCGCGUCAGCUCCGUUCCUGGCUUUACGAGUGAUCAAGCAAUUGAUAACAGAUGAAGGAGCCGCAUUUCCCCUUGCAACUCCGAUUCUUCAAGAUGACAAUACUGCUUUAUGCGAGUUCGGUGGCGGAUAUUCAACAAUCGGCGCGGUCUUGUCAGGGUCUACUUUAAGCCCUUCCUGCUGA